GUUUGAAUAAAUUUAGCAUAGGUACUAGUAAUGAUGCACUUUCCUUGGUCAACGCAGCUUGUUUGCCUGAAUUUGAUCUACACAUUCUAAAACUGAUUAGACUGUAUUUCACUCACUCCACCACUUCUUCUGCAAAUAAAUUCCACAGUUUCUCUUAGAAUAAUUUCCUUUUUCAUCAUCCUUUAAAUCUUUCUGUUGUAGAAAUCUCAUAUUAACAUCAUCAUAAUAUUAUCAACAUUAAAGAAAGAUGGAAUCCGCGGCUGUGAAUUUACUCCUGGAAAAGAUCAGUCUAGUACUGGACUAUAAAGUCAACCUGAUCAGUAAAACCAUCAAGAGCGAUGUUGAAGAUCUUCGGACAAAUCUGGAGAUUCUCAAGGAUGUGAAUUAUUGGACGAGGACUGGCGAUCCUGGAUCGGAUUUCUUCGAGAAAACCAUGGCGCAGAUAAGAUCAGUGAUCUGGGAAGCUGAAGACGCCAUUGAUAAUUACUUAGUUCAGUCCGCUGUCCCGGAUACUAGAAUUUCGCUGUCCAAAGCAUUUCAUUCAAUGAAAGAUUACCGGGUGUUGCUCCCACAACUAGGGAAGCAGAUCAACGAACUCGCUCGAAAAAGUCCGACGAGGUCAGCUUUCUUUAAGGAACUACAAUCUUGGCACAUUAGAUUGACCGAGGUCAUCUAUAGAUCCACCGAGGUACGCAUAUCGAAAUUUUUUUUGAAACCUUAACUACCAUUUUUUUGAUGAUCAGUGGACACUAGCUACUACAUAUAUAUAUAUAUAUAUAUAUUGUACUUCUUCAGUCCCAAAAUUAUUGUUCAGUUUGGUAUUUUACUUUUAGAUAAAUCCCAUUGUACCUUCACUUUAUACAGAAUUUUUAUUAUUUAUUACACCAAGAGGAUACUUGCCUUUAAUUUUGAUUGACUGGAUUAUGUGACUGUUUGUUUUAGGCGCCCAUGGUCGAGGAAGACCAUGUAAUUGGAUUCGAUGCAGCAGCCGAACAAGUGGAGAAACUGUUGAUUAGAGGACCAGAACAUCUUGAAGUUAUCUCAAUUGUGGGGAUGUUAGGAUUAGGAAAGACUACACUGAGUAAGAUGGUUUAUAAGGUUCCAUAUGUCGAUUAUGAAUUCCCGAUUCGGGCCUUUGUUCAUGUUUCACAAGAUUAUGAUAGAAAAGAAGUGCUGCUGAAAAUAUUGAAUUCUUUCAGCAUGAUCGGUGAUGAAGUGAGGAACAUGGGCGGAGGGGAAUUGGAAACUUAUCUUAGGCACCAAUUGGAAGGAAAACAGUACCUUGUGGUUUUAGAUGAUGUUUGUGAGAAAAGUGAUUGGGAUAAGUUCAAACAUGUCUUUCCCGAAAACAACAGGCGGUGUAGAGUUCUCAUAACUACCCGCAAUGAAGAGGUUGCAAGGUAUGCGAAUGGGACCAAUCCCAACUGUAUUUAUAAGUUGCAUUUCUUAACAUUGGAGGAUAGUGAGGAGCUAUUCAGGUGGAAGGUUUUUAACCAAAAUUCUUGUCAUCCCGCGUUAAAAUAUUAUGAGAGGAACAUUAUUGAAAAGUGUGCCGGUUUGCCGUUGGCUGUGGUGGUGGUUGCAGGCGUUCUUGCUAAUCAUCCCAAGAGAAUUGAUUGGUGGAGGAACGUGACCAGCAAUUUCAGUAGUUACAUGUUUAGGGAUGCAACUCAAAUUGGCAAGGUGAUGGAAUUGAUGUUCAAGUAUUUACCAACAUACUUGAAACCUUGUUUUCUUUAUUUUGGUGUCUUUCAUGAAGACGUUGAGAUCCAUGUUUGGAAACUAGUGCGCUUGUGGACUUCUGAAGGGUUCAUACAAGACGCAUGGUCGGAGACGGAGUAUAUGGCUGAGAUGUACUUGGAAGAGCUUGUUCAUAGAAAUUUAGUGAUGGCGGGGCAAUGGGGGUCCAACGGUAAACUAAAAACUUGUCGUAUUCGCGGCCUACUUGGUGAGUUUUGCAAGAAAAAAGCUGCCGAAGAAAACUUUUUCCUGGAAAUCAAAGAAGAUAACCCACUCUUCUUACCCCGAGAAUUGGAUGAAUAUCGCCGCCUUUGCAUCAAGCAUACCAAUAUGUUCGAUUACAUUCCUGGUGAAACUUCAGGUAAGCGCGUUCGUUCUUUCUUAGCUUGUCCUCAAAAAGAUAUGGCCAUGGGUUCAGAAGUUUUUUCCCACAUUCCAAAUGCUUUUAAGCUUCUUAGGGUGUUGGAGAUUCAAUCACUCGUUUCCCCUCACUUCCCGCGUGACAUUUGUGGUCUUUUUCUUCUAAAAUAUGUGGCCAUACACUUCACCGCCAAUACCAUUCCUCCAGCAUUGUCCAACUUGUGGAAUUUGCAAACUCUUAUUGUAAAUACUACUUCUCCUACUCUUGAAAUCAAAGCGGACAUUUGGACGUUACCAUAUUUUAGACAUUUGCACACCAAUUCAUCAACCAAUUUUCCACGCCCUUGUGCACGAACCCAACGAAAAGCUGAGAGUCCUCAAUUACCUAGAAAUGUCCGAACAUUAUGUACCAUCUCACCUGAAAGUUGCAGAAAAGAGGUUUUCGAUUGCACUCCCAAACUCAAGAAGUUGGGCAUUUAUGGUUCGUUGUCCAAGCUACUUGAGAGACACAGUGAAUCCAGUUUAUUUGGAUAUCUUAGAAAAUUAGAAUCGCUCGAAAAUUUGAAGUUACUGAAUACUGAUGAGACCUUCAAGCUCUAUAGUCUUCCCCCAGCAAAAAGCUUUCCCCAACAGUUACAAAGGCUCACUUUGUUAAACACCCAACUGGAUUGGAGUCAGAUGUCAACACUAGGUGAGCUAGAGAAUCUUGAGGUCCUCAAGCUAAAAGAGUUUGCAUUUCAAGGAACCGUGUGGAACCCUGAAAAGGGUGGUUUUAAGCGUCUCAAACACUUGUACAUUGGAAGAACUGAUUUGAGGGAGUGGGAGGCUUCAGCAGAUCACUUCCCCCAACUAAAGAGUCUUACACUCAGCGGUUGCGAUAAGCUUCUCUCAUUUCCACAAGGUUUGGCGGGUGUUCCAAGCCUCCAACUGGUGGUGCUUCACUACACCAACAGAAAUGUGGCUUCCUCUGCAAGGAAAGUUCAAGUAUUGAAGCUCGAACAAUCCAAAAAGGCCGGCAAGAGCAACAAUUUUAAGCUCUCUGUAUACCCUCCUGGACAUUAAGGGUUAUUUCGCCUAACAGUAAAUAAUAUUUGUGUUGCUUCUUUGGAAGGAUGCCAGCAGUGUGAAGGGCACGCAGUAGGGGUGACUGGUGAAGGCGACGAAUGAUCAGCUUCAUUUGGAAAGUUAUCUUUGCCUGUGUGUACUUUGUACAUCCUCUUUUGAAGUAGUAAUAAAUUUGUGGCUCUUAUCCUCCUCACUGAUAUUUCCAUGUACAACCACAACAGUUCAUGCUGCUUUUUUAUUUUGUAUAUCGUCGCGACUAGAUGAAUUCUGCAUUUGAUUAACUGAGCACUUUGCCCAUUUCAGUUUGGUUCCCUUCCCCAGUCUUCUUAGACAGUCUUUCCAUGC